UGUUAUUAUUUCUUAGAACCCUGCUACUUUGAUGGCCAUUUGUUCCGAGAUGGUGAGGAGUGGCGCCUUGGUCGGUGCUCCAAGUGUGUCUGCAGGGAUGGAAUGACUCAGUGCUUCACAGCUUCCUGCGAGGCUGUUCUGUGCAAACAGGAUGAAGUUUUGGUUAUGUCUCCUGGAAAAUGCUGUCCAGAAUGUGUUCCAAAGUCCUGCUCAGUGUCAGGAAAGGUGUACCAGCACGGCGAACAGUGGAAAAAAAAUGCCUGCAGUGCAUGUGUGUGUCAUAGAGGGGCAGUCAGAUGUCUGAGAGAAACCUGCGACUCUGUUAUUUGUGAGAAGGGGCAGAUCAAAGUGCAGCGUUCUGGGAAGUGCUGUGAGGAGUGCAUGUCUUCCAAGAAAAACUGCUUGUACGAUGGCACUAUCAGGUACCAUGGUGAAAUGUGGAAUAUUACUCGCUGUGACUUCUGUGUGUGUGAUGAAGGCCAAGUGACUUGUCACAAAGCAGAGUGUGCCAAAGUGGAAUGUGCCAAGGGUGAAGAAUUAAUUCACUUAGAUGGGAAGUGCUGUCCUGAAUGUAUUUCAAAUAAUGGUUAUUGUGUUUACAAAGAACAUAACAAAGCUAGCGGAGACACAUGGAAGGAAGGGCUGUGCAGAGAGUGUGAAUGUCGCAACGCAGAGGUGGUCUGCUUUCAGCGCUCCUGUCUGCCCUGCCCACCGGGCAGCAUGGCUGUCAGGGAGAAGGGUGAUUGCUGUCCGCGCUGCCAGCCAGGGAAGUGUCACCCAGACUGUUUGACCUGCUCUCAGUCGUUUGAUCACUGUAUUGCCUGCCGUGAUGUGAAGAAGCGGCUGCAGAAUGGGCGCUGUGUGGAGUUGUGUGGGUCAGGCUUCUAUCAGGAUGGGGGGACUUGCUUAGCCUGCAAUGAAACAUGCUCAGCCUGUAUGAAUGGUUUUGAGUGUUCCUCAUGCCAGACAUCACUGCUGAUGAAGAAUGGGCAGUGUGUGACUUCAUGUGGGAAGGGAUUCUUUCAGGAUCAACUCAUAUGUGCAGUUUGUCAUGAGUCCUGUUCCUCAUGUUGGGGACCUGCUGUCAACAAUUGUUUCUCCUGCAAGGACACGUCACAUGUGCUAAAAGCAGGGCUGUGUGUGGCCAGCUGUGGAAAGGGAUUUUAUGAGAAGGAUGGAAUCUGCAAUGUUUGUGACCGGUCCUGUGAAACGUGCAGUGCAGCCCAGCCCAAUUGUUUAACCUGUGCUUCAGAUAAGGUGUUACACAACGGGAAGUGCAUUUCACAGUGCCCAGGUGGAUAUUUCCCAGGCAGCAACGGAAGAUGCAGGGCUUGUCAUGAUUCGUGCUCCACGUGUGAGGGACCUCUGGCCACUCACUGCACCUCCUGUUCCCUUCCUCUGGCUUUGCAUCAGGGCCAGUGCCUGCAGAGCUGUGGAGAGGGCUUUUAUCAGGAUCACAACAUUUGCAGGGGUUGCCACCCAUCCUGCCGUACGUGCGUCGGCCCAGAGGCCUCUCAUUGCCUACAGUGCUGGGCACCAGAACAUGUGCUGCAACCCCAUCAACCUGUGGAAGGAGCUGUGCAUGGCUUUUGCCUCUCACACUGCCAGGCUCAGUUCUACCUGGAUGUCACAGGAGUCUGCAGACAGUGCCACUCCUCCUGUGCAGGCUGCAUAGGGAACACUUCCCAGGACUGUACAGCCUGUCUGUCUUCACACAUCCUGCUCGAGGGCAGGUGCCUCUCCAAGUGCCCAGAGGGGUUGUUCAACCAGCAAGAUCACUGCUCCUCCUGCCAUCCAUCAUGCAAGACGUGCCAUGGCCCUUCUGACUUGGAGUGCUUAACCUGCCAUCCCCACGCAACUCUGGCUGCUGGAAGGUGCAGGACUAGCUGCAAGGAAGAGAAGUAUCUCAACUUGGUGGGAUACUGUGUGGGUAAGUAAAAGGAGAUGGCCUUGGGUCACACAUAGGGAUGGUCUAUCUGUAGCAUUUGCCAGCUACUCAGGAACACACCAGGAAGAAAUCAAAAUGCCUGUUGUGGGUGAAAUGUCACACAGAUACCAUUGGGAAACUCUCCAGCAUGCAUAGUACAUAGCAAAGCCUCUGGCCGUUCCUGCUGUACACGUCUUUUGUGAGCUACAUGAAAUUAAUUGCAAAUUGUAUAAAGCUGGUGGGAGGGGGAGUCAGGUGCCCUUCUGCCAGACUUGCUGCUGGUUUGAAGAUUUGAUAUCACGUGUACAGACUGGUAUACCUGGCAAUCAAUAGAGCAUUCAUAUGGUUAAUAAUAACUUAAUGAAUAGGUUCUUAAGAGUAGGAUGGGCUGCAGCUGCAUUUGCCAGGCCGAGUGUUUAACUAUAUCUUGCUGCAGUCUGGUUUUUACACUGGGUUUGUCAUUGCAUUCCUCAUCCUUCCAGUCUGUGAGAGCACCCUGUGCUUAUUAAAGGCAUGAUGCUUGCUUUUCUCCUUCCCUGAAUUCUCUCUGCAGCAGGCUGGCACUGGUUUUGCCUGGAAUGGAGCAGCCUCAGGUAAUUCGGGUAACACCGGGGAAUGCUAGCUGGCUGUUACCAGGGCUGGGGUCUCUUCACAGAGGCAUGGGUCCCUGAUGGGCCCAGAGCAAUGAAGGCUGCUUAGGUCCUGCACAGAGCUUCACUAAAGUGAGCUAAGGAAACGUUUGUGAUUUAGAGAAGCAAUUUCUGGGGGCUCUAAAGAAAAAUUGGCACAGCUAGGAUUGCUGUGUGCAUCUUUGAGAGAUAAUAGGAUUUAUGCACAGGGGUUAUACACUGUGGGUGCUUGGUGCCUGCACUUAAGCCUAUCAUCAAAAGCCACUGAUUGCAUUUACUUGUUUAAAAAGAAAAAUCACUUUUAAUCCAUCACACAGACGCAUAUAAACAUAUCCUGGGAAGAGCUCCAGCAAUUUCUGAGCUUUAUCAAGCCAUUUUUUCUUUAUCAAUAAAAGAUUCAGUAUGUGAGGCUUAUGCUAGGUUGAACAGUUCCAUAUGAGAUAAAGAAUCCUAAGAAAAGGAAAAAAUGCAAUAAAUGUAGUAAAUGUAUCCACUGAGAGGCUAUCAUUCUCAAUUUAAUCUAGAUGGUUCCCUUUCACACUUUCACAGGGACUUAUUUUUGCUUACACUUUGUGUUCUUGAAUUUUGUUUUCUUUUUAAUGAAAUGCUUAUUUCUUUCCUCUCUGAAGAUUAUUUUAUUUUCACCUUCCUUGUAAACAACAGUUACUGUUUUGUCUAAGAAGGGAUGCAGAACAGAAUAUCUGAGGAGAGGAAAACAUCCCCUGAAAUUCCUAGAUAUACAGAAAGUGAGAGUGGGGAGUCAAGAUGUUUCAUGUAGUCAAGUAAUUACACUAUGGAAGUAAUUCAGAAAGUAAUUUAGAAAGUAAUUUUAGUGUGAUGAGCUAUUUCUGCCCUGUAAAAUUUCAGUGGCUGUAAUGAUGCUCAUUAAUGUCCUGUAAUAUCAUAGCUGUAUGCACUUUAUAUCUUCCACUUUUUUUUUU